AGAUAUUAACUACUCAGCGCAUUCAAAAAUUGCUAUCGGUGGAAUGGAUAAAGUAUGUCAAUAUUGUCGGGCAUUGAAAUUUCGGAAUGAAGCAGCCGCUCCGCCGGAGCCUUUAUUAUCUUCUUACUGGCAAUUCAGAUGAUUCCAAAUUAUUUUUGCGUAUUAUACGCAAAUUUAAUUCUUGCUUCCAAAUGACGUCAUUUGGGGCAACUAAAAUUUGCGAUCGUGCAUCCGAUGGACGUAAUUUUGAAACUACAUUCAAAAUUCAAGGCCAGGUGUACCAUAAACCGGAUCACUGAUGCCAAUGCCUGAUAACAAUCCGAAAUUUCUUCAAAUUUAUUUUAUGGGCGAUUGUGAAGAGCGCGUGACGACUUGGUGCCUGUAUAAUUUUAUUGAACAAGCAGAGGAAAGAGCAAUUGUGAUAUUAUUGGAAAAUUUUUUAGAAGAUCACAAUCAACUAAUUCAAUUGAUCAAAAGAGUUGUGCCACGACUGCAAAAUGACAAUUAUCAAAUCGUCAUAAAGGCCGACAAAGUACCAUUAGGUGAACAUGCUGGUAGAUUCAACGCUCCAACUCUUGAUGAGGUUGCUGUUAUCAUGGUUGGUGAUCCAGUUGACAAUAGAUUUAUAAAAAUGACACGGCGAGACAAUACUGUCAGUACGAUUUCGGAUCUACACCGUUCAUAUGACGCACUACAAUAUCCAUUGAUAUUUUGGCAAGGACAAGAUGAAUAUCACCUUAAUAUCAAACAGUAUGAUCCAAAUACCGGUGAUUACAGAAAUAAAAGUUAGCUCAAUGAACUACUACGCACACCGAAUAAUGGUUAGACAACAUCAAGACAAUUAUAUCCUUCGAUAUCGUCAGCUGUUCCAUCAAUACAUUGUUGAUAUGUAUGCUAAGGUCGAAAGCGAACGCUUGCGAUUCCUUCGAUUCAACCAGGCAAAACUACGAUCGAAAGAAUAUAUUCACUUACGAGAUGCUGUUUCUGGAAACAUCGAUGGAAAUUUAAAUCCCAAGGACAUCGGUAAUGCUUUCACUUUACCUUCAAGCUACAUCGGCAGUCCACGGAACAUGCAGGAAUACAUACAAGAUGCGAUGACUUACGUACGUCUUACAGCCGACCGGAUUUAUUUAUUACAUUCACAUGUAAUCCGAAUUAGGAAGAGAUACAAACUUUACUAUUGCCAGGACAACAAGCCAUUAAUCGUCAUGAUUUAACUGCACGUGUGUUUAAACAAAAAUUGAAAUCUUAAUUGAUUUUAUUGUUAAAUAUUCAAUUUUGGCACACCGUUGUUGGCUGUAUACG